ACAUUGCGCCACGUCAUCAGUCACAACAAACAUGGCAGAUACCGGUACAUCCGUGAGUGUAGCUACGCUUUCACUGUUGGUUUUCGUAUUAUUGGCAGGGGUUUACCUGACCAGUUUAAACGCACUAUGGACUUUGCUGUUAAUCAUUAUUAUAGUCACUUUGUCGACUCAGAUAUUAAGGAAGUUGCGGAGAAGAGAUGCUUUGACGGAGAGGCGCGUGUGUGUGUUGGUGCUGGGGGAUAUCGGACGCAGCCCUCGCAUGCAAUACCAUUCCCUCUCUCUCAGCAAACACGGCUACAACGUCACGUUUGUUGGAUAUCUUGGUUCCACGCCCCACCGGGAUGUGAGCGGGGAUGAGAGGAUCAGAAUCAUCCCAAUAUCUGAGGUCCGUGGGAUCCAAGUGGGUCCUAGGGUCAUGACCUAUGUUACCAAGGUGAUUCUUCAGUCUUUGCAGCUUUUCCUGGUUUUACUGAACAUGGACCUGCAGUCCCAUAUUCUUAUGCAGAAUCCUCCAGGGCUGCCCAGCAUGGCCGUGACUUGGCUUGUGUGUGCUCUGAGAGGCUCCCAGUUUACCAUUGAUUGGCACAACUAUGGCUACACCAUCAUGGCCCUUUCACAUGGUCCCAACCAUCCCAUCGUCUGGCUGGCGCAGUGGUACGAGAGGUUGUUUGGUCGCUUCUCCAGCCAUAACCUGUGUGUUACCAAUGCUAUGAAGGAUGAUCUGCAGAUCAACUGGAACAUCAAGGCCACCACGUUGUAUGAUAAGCCCCCGGCUAUAUUCACGGAGACUCCAGUAGAACUCCAGCAUGAUCUGUUCAUGAGGCUGGCUAAGACCCACCUCCAGUUCCAAGCAUGUGGAGAGAAUGCCGCCGAAGAGAUGGACAGAACAGCGUUUACAGGUCGCCACGCCAGUGACCUUUCUGUCACUUUGACCUCAGGACGACCCGCCUUACUGAUCAGCAGUACCAGUUGGACUGAGGAUGAGGACUUCUCCAUUCUGCUCAAGGCUCUGGAAGAGUAUGAGGGGUUUGUGACUGCUGGAGCCUCUCUUCCCUCAUUGGUUUGUGUCAUCACAGGUAAGGGACCUCAGAAGGAGCACUACAAGAAGAUGAUAGCCACCCUGAGAUUUGAGCAUGUGAAGAUCUGUACUCCCUGGCUAGAGGCAGAGGAUUACCCUGUUUUGUUAGGUUCAGCAGAUCUGGGUGUGUGUCUUCAUAAGUCGUCCAGUGGUCUCGACCUCCCUAUGAAGGUGGUGGACAUGUUUGGAUGCUGUCUUCCUGUGUGUGCCAUCCAUUUCAACUGUCUACAUGAGCUGGUGAAGCAUGAGGAGAAUGGGCUGAUCUUCAGAGACUCACAGGAACUGGCUGGGCAGCUCAAGUCUUUGCUACAGGACUUCCCUGGCAGUCAGGGACGACUGGCUCAGUUCAGGAGAAACCUCCAAGCCGGCGGCGGACAGCGCUGGGACCAGAACUGGGACCAGAAUGUCCUGCCUCUCCUCACUGGACCCUAAAUUACCCAUUCCUUGGACCUGGACUGGGCCCAAUUACUCACCCCCCAGCUCCUACCCUCUCCCGGCUCUACAUCCCCCCCAGGUCCUACCCUCUCCUGGCUCUACAUCCCCCCCCAGGUCCUACCCUCUCCUGGCUCUACAUCCCCCCCCCAGGUCCUAACCUCUCCUGGCUCUUCCCUCCCAUUCCUAGCAAUAACAAUUUCCCUGUUAAAAAAGAUUUUAAUCCAUGUGUAUGAAUGAGAUGGUUUCCAAAAUGUAAAUAUGAAUGUACAUAAAUACUUUAUAAUACUGUAA